CUCCUCCUCACAGUCCCUGCUCCGGCGCGCCUCCUCUCAGAGCGGGCGCUCAAAUUUGUUAAAAAUAAGGAAUACAGGCAACAUGUUCUACACCCAUGUGCUUAUGAGUAAACGGGGCCCACUGGCCAAAAUAUGGCUUGCAGCUCACUGGGAGAAGAAACUUACAAAGGCCCAUGUAUUUGAAUGUAAUCUAGAGAUAACCAUUGAAAAAAUUCUUUCACCUAAGGUGAAAAUUGCACUUCGAACUUCAGGACACCUUCUUUUGGGAGUUGUUCGAAUCUAUAAUAGGAAGGCAAAAUAUCUUUUGGCAGAUUGCAGUGAAGCAUUUCUUAAAAUGAAGAUGACGUUUCGCCCAGGACUGGUUGACCUCCCAAAAGAAAAUUUUGAAGCAGCUUACAACACUAUCACGUUACCAGAAGAAUUUCAUGAUUUUGACACCCAUAAUAUGAACGCAAUUGAUGUUUCAGAACACUUUACUCAAAACCAAAGUAGACCCGAAGAAAUUACACUUAGAGAAGAUUAUGGCAAUGAUCUACUUUUUCAAGCAGGGAGUUUUGGGGAAGAAUCUGAAAUUCUCAGGAGACAUAGCUUCUUUGAUGACAACAUAUUACUGAACUCCAGUGGUCCUUUAGUUGAACAUAGUUCUGGAAGCCUUAUUGGAGAAAAAUCUUUGUUCUAUGACAGUGGAGAUGGAUUUGGAGAUGAAGGAGCUGCAGGAGAAAUGAUUGACAAUCUGUUGCAGGAUGAUGAAAAUAUCCUGUUAGAAGACAUGCCUUUGAACAGAGAAGUCUCCCUGCCUCCUGAGCCUCCCCAUGCUACAGUGGUAGAACCAGAUAAUCCAGAUGACAUGUGUCUACCUGAAAAUGAAAAAAUGGAUGAAACAACAUUAUUAUCAAAUGAAGAAGAAGGAUUUACUCUUGAUCCAAUUGAUAUUUCAGAUAUUGCUGAGAAAAGGAAAAGCAAAAAGAGAAAACUGCUCAUAGAUCCAGUCAAGGAGAUCAGUAGCAAAACUAUGCAUAAACAGCUUACUUCCUUUAUGGAUACACUCAUGGUCUUGGAACUUGCACCUCCUACCCAGAGAUUAAUGAUGUGGAAGAAGAGGGGAGGAGUGGAUACACUGCUGUCAACUGCAGCCCAGGAUUUGAUUCAUGCUGAGCUGAAAAUGUUGUUUACAAAGUGCUUUCUGUCCUCUGGCUUUAAACUUGGAAGAAAAUUGAUACAGAAGGAGUCAGUAAGGGGAGAUGUGGGAAACCAAAACACAGUAGAGGUCUCCAUGAUGGAAGAACCAAAUUCCCAGAAAGAGUUAAUCCAACCCCAAACUUGGAAGGAUGUGAUUGGUGAAUCUAAGGGUAACUCUCACGAGGACACCAAUAAAAAUAUUAACUCUGAGCAGGAUCUUAUGGAAAUGAUUUCUUCAAAUGCUGAGGAAUCACCUUUGAUGACUGCUUUCUUGACCCAAGAAACUUUUCCAGUUGAAUUGGAGUCAUUGGGGAAUGAACAAAACAUUGAAGCAGAGAGAUGGAACAGAAGAUUACUGCAGAUGUUAAAUAGUUUACGGGAAUCCAACAAGAUGGGAAUGCAGUCCUUCAGUCUGAUGAAGCUGUGCAGAAACAGUGAUCGGAAACGAACAGCUGCCAAGUUUUAUGGCUUUCUCGUUCUGAAAAAGCAGCAGGCUAUUGAGCUGAACCAGAGUGCUCCCUAUGCAGACAUCAUAGCCACAGUAGGACCCAUGUUCCAUAAGUUGUGAAGGAGUCCAGACUAUGCGGGUCUACAUCACCACUGGCAUUUCUGUAUAGAUCGUUCAGUUCAACGCAAAGCCGCCUGGAAGCAGCCAAAGUUCUGACCUUUCAUAGCCUAGAUUCCUGCUUCCGUUCCCUCUCUAGGAUUCAGAUCCUGUUCCCUCUCUGUAAAUUCAACAUAAUCAUAGCCAGAAUUGGAAAACUAGAUGCUUACAGAAAUACUUCAUUAUAACUAUUUUUUUAACUUAGCUGAUUUAUCAUUUCCUUGAUUUGAAUGUUGUAUUUAGGGUACAUUUAGAUUACAGUCUUUAAAUACUAUAUGCCUUCAAGAAACAUUCAAGGAUAUUUUUUCAAAUGAUAUUUUACAUCGGAUUAUUGACAUGAAUUUUGUGGGAUUAAUGAAUAAUUACUACUUUCUUAUUUCUACACAGACAGUAAUUUAUUUAAUUCUAAUGCAUAUCAUCCUUGAUAUGACCUCAUGCCAUAGUUUUUAAUCUGAUAACUUAACUGAAGAAUUGUAAAAUUCAUCUUUGUUUUAAACUUACAGGUCAUUUAACUUUUUUAUUUAUUACUUCAUUAUUAUUAUAACUACCACUAAUGUCUCAGCCAAACGAAAUCUGCUUUUUAUGUUAAAAAAAUCAACAGGGCUGGGUUUGUGGCUCAGUGGUAGAGCGCUUGCCCAGCAUGUGUGAGGCACUGGGUUCGAUCUUAGGUACCGCAUAAAAAUAAACAAAAUAAAGGUAUUGUGUCCAACUACAACUAAAAAUAUUUUAAAAAAAUCAGCAGGUACUUGUUCAGCAUGUUGUCUGCAGCUAAAAUUUGAGUAAAGAUCACUAAAAUAAUUGUUCUUAACUUGGUGCUUACAUUUUUUACAUUAAAACAAUUUUUUUUUCUUAAAGUUUGAGUUAGGAGAUUUUGUAUUAUGCCCUAUGAACCCCAUAGGUCACUGUAAAAAUGAAGCCUAUAGUACUCUUUAAAAUAUUGUAUCUGGAAUUAUGCUACAAACGACUAAAUUCUGAAAAGUCUCUGAGUGAAUUAGCCAUAAGGUAUAAAUGUUGAAUUUGCUUUUAUAACUUUUAUUUUUUUAAAUUAACAUGGAGAAAAAUUGACUUCUUAUUUUUGGUGCACAGUUCUGUACAUUUUGAUAGCUAGACAAACGGAUGGAUUCCUGUAACCAUCAUCACGAUCAGGAGAAAACAGUAACAUCACCCUAGAAGACGCCCUUGAAUUCUCCCUUUGUAGUUACACCCUUCCUGCAUUCUAAUGUCUGGCAACCACUCUUCGGCAUGACUACACUUUUGU